AUGGGUAGAGAAACAGCAAACACAGUUACCAUCAAGGGUUACACUUUCCCCGAAGGUUCAACUGUUAUCGUACCAUUGUUGGAGAUACAGAGAGACCCAGACUACUUUGAUGAGCCAGAUACCUUCCAGCCCGAUCGAUGGAAAGGCAGCAUCAACCCACUUGCUUGGCUUCCGUUUGGUUAUGGUCAACGUCAGUGCCUUGCAGUCAGACUGGCCAUGCUCACGAUGAAGAUUGCCGUCAUCCAUGUCCUCAGAAGGGUUAAGUUUGCCACACAUCCUGAGAUGCCUAAAUUGCUGGAGUUGCAGUACCCAACCAUUGGACGAAUUGUGCCAAAAGAGGCAAUCAAGCUGAAGAUAGAAGUCCGGGACCACACUGAACAUUACAUCGGUUAAAACUUGGGUCAGAAUGCAUUGUUGUAUUCUUGUUUAAACCUGGAUCAGCAUGCAUUGUUGUAUUCGUGUUAAAACCUGGAUCAGCAUGCAUUGUUGUAUUCUUGUUAAAACCUGAAUCAGCAUGCAUUGUUGUAUUCUUGUUAAAACCUGGAUCAGCAUUCAUUGUUGUAU